AUGGCCAACAUCAUCCUUGAUUUUCCGAUCGGUAGCAAUAACGAGAAGGGAAUUUGUGAAUCUUUCGACCCGGAGAUGGCCCAUGGACCUAAAAUGACAGAGCGCAAGAGGCGCACAAGAACGGGUUGUCUCAAUUGCAGUCGCAGGCGACGAAAGUGCGAUCAAUUAAAGCCUACUUGCACAGGUUGCAAGCGCCGUAGUGAGGACUGUCAGUGGCGUGUUCUGGGCUCCUUCCGCGAUGCGAACAUCAAGGUACUGGGAUCAGACCAUCCUUCCAUGAACCAGAGCACUGGCAGCAAGGCGAAACGUCAAAGUAAAUUCAAGAUCUUGAAUGCUUUGACAAAUGCACCCCGUGCGAAAGAAUCUCCUAAACCCCAGAUUGAGACCCAGGUGGAGCUUGAUAGGCCAGAACUCUGUGGGUUACCUCCAUCUAGGCCGAAUAAUGACCCGAUCAACCUCACUGCAGAGAGGCAUUCAAGCUUGAUGGAUAAUGCUGAGGCUCAGAUCCUGAGGCUCCAUACCGAAGAAGCUCAGGAAUUGUCGCCGCCACUUUCUGGCGAUGCCCCUUCAUAUUUGUCAUAUCAUGCUAGUUCCAGGUCUCCUUGCCACGAGAACGGCCAAGAUGAUCACGGACAUGUCAGUCCACUUGAUAUAAAUAGUCAGCCGCAAUACCCAAACAACAUCCAUUGCGAAUUUGAGCACCCUUCUUUGCCCGAUGAUGCCUCAUCUCAUGCCUAUCUGAACUCAAGUCCGGGCUAUGCCAUCGAUGACCUCGCUGCACUCCGCAAUCUCACUGGAAGCUCCCACUUCCAGGCUUCCGUGAGAGACUCUUAUCAUUCGCAUCAGUCACCUACUGGCAUUUUUGAUCAAAGCAUAUUCUCAGACCCUGUGGAUCUUACCAAUGAUGUUUUCCUGCCUGGCUCGACAUAUGAGGCUCUUCAUACUACUCUGCGAAACCGACAGCUCUGGACUGCAAGACCUGACGUUCCUGCUCCCUGCAGCUCACGUGGAUCGACUUCUCCCAUUCAUACACCAACCUCGUUCAGCGAUUCGGAUAUUCUCAGCAGGUCGGGGAGAGAGCCCCGACGUUCAAGACCAGGUCGGUUCAUCGACUUAUCUCCUGAACGAGAGCAUGCGUUAUGGCAGAAUUAUCUAGGAGAGAUUUGCUCAUGGCUUGAUAUGUUUGACAACAAUCGUCACUUUGCUUCCACGUUUCCCCAAAUGUCGAAGACAGCACCUCACCUACGGUACUCUAUCCUGGCGUUGUCUGCACGGCAACUGGAGAGACUACAGAAUAAGAAUUCCCAGUCCGAGAGUCUGUCUCUAUAUCAAGAAGCUAUUCACCUUCUCUUACCCGAGCUGGAGAGCAAAACCACACCUGCCAUUGCAUCUUGUGUUAUUCUCUGCGUUUUGGAAAUGCUGAGCUGUAAUCCUAAAGAAUGGCGCCGACAUCUUGAUGGCUGUGCAUAUCUCAUCCAGGCAGCUGGCAUUAAUGGUUUCUCUGGGAAGGAAGAGCAGGCUUUAUUCUGGUGCUUUGCACGUAUGGAUCUCUGCGGUGGUCUUAUCUCAGAGGAGGAAACCAUUAUUCCAAUUCAUAACUGGAGACCUCGUGAUAUGAGCUGUGUUGAAGCCUCUGAGUUAUUUUUCGCCUCUGCAAAGAAUAAUUUCGACACAUACGCCAACUAUACCGUCUAUCUGUGUGCAGAGACACUCGGUGUUCUUUUUGGCCGGGGAUCAAAAACUCCACAUCCCUGUACUUCGUGCGAAUCUGUCCCAGAUGCAGACGGAAACUCGUACUUGCAUCGUUGGAGAGAAGUAUUCAGCCAUGCCGACCUGUGGUACGAGAAGCGACCGAGCCAGAUGAAGCCCAUUUUUACAGCUGCUGUUGCCGUGCCGGACUAUGCAGGAAGAAAUAAACCAUUUCCAACUGUACUUUAUGGGAAUGGAGAUGCUAUUUCGGGAAAUCAACUCUACCACGUGUGUGCCCUGCUACUACUUCAGCAAAAACCAAAGACUUUGUCAUUGGCUAAGAAACCUAAAUCUGUUCUCUGGCACGCGCGGCAAAUCUGUGCUAUAUCCGCAUCCAACGCACACCAUGGAUGUUGGACCAAUGCCCUUCAGCCUCUCUGGAUAGCUGGGAAGGUGAUGUCCCACUACUCAGAGCAUGGGGCUAUUGUUGAAACAUUGAUUCGGAUAGAGCGGGAGACUGGGUGGGCUACUGUAUGGCGAGUAGAGGAUUUGAAGGAAUUUUGGGGUGAUUAUGAUAAUGAUAAUUGUGAUUUUGACAUGAACUGA